AUGUCAGUUAUUACUUGGCGAGAAUCUUUCCCCCCAAAACCUCAAUUUGCUGAGAAGGACAUCCCGGAUCAAUAUGGCCGCGUGUUCAUAAUUACAGGCGGGUCAUCGGGUUGCGGCUACGAAGUAGCAAAGGCAGUCUAUAAUCUAAACGGUCGUGUCUACAUCGCCGCUCGCUCAUCUGAGAACGGCCAACAAGCAAUCCAGCGAAUCAAAUCAGAACCUGCCGCUCAGCAUCCUUCCGUUAAAUCGGGGAAAGGCGAACUCUUUUUCUUGAAGCUUGAUCUUAAUGACCUGAGCUCUAUCAAAGAUUCUGCAAAAGAAUUCCUCUCACGAGAAUCCCGUCUCGACGUCAUAUGGCAUAAUGCUGGGGUAGGAGGUGUGCCGCAAGGUUGUGUCACGAAACAAGGCUAUGAGACACACUUUGGGGUCAAUGCUUUGGCGCCUUUUCUGUUUCAACAUUUCCUUAAUCCAAUAUGCUUACAAACUGCGUCGCGUUCAGACGUACGUCCAUAUGCCACCAGGGUCAUAUGGGUUAGUUCUUCCGGCCACAGGGGCUCUCCAAAGCCAGAUGGUGUGAAUUGGGAUGACAUGAACAUGCAUUCAGCCAGUGGCCUGAGAGCCAUAAUGAAGUAUGGUCAAAGCAAGGCUAUGAAUGUAAUGUGCGCUUAUGAAUUUGCCCGCCGCUAUGGGCCUCGAGGUCUUGUUUCUCUUUCCCUUCAUCCUGGAUCUUUGAAGUCUGGAUUCCAGCGCAAUCAAGGAAGUAUUUUUAAAGCGAUCACAAAGCCACUACUCUACGAUCAACAUUAUGGUGGCUUGACGGAACUUUUUGCGGCAUUUAACAGAGAUGUAAACACAACGAUGAUAGAUGCGGGCGGUCGUAAUGGGGCGUAUAUUGAACCAUGGGGAAACUGGGGGACUAUGGGAGAGCACAUCCUGGAUGGCCUUUCAAAUCGCAAAACAGGAGAACGGCUACUGGGGGCGUUUGAGAUAAUGCUAAAGGAGUAUAUACAAUCUUGA